UUUUAAGCUUUAUAAACAUUUCAUUUCUUUUCUUUGAUGUAAUUCCAGAAGAGCCACAGAGAUGUGCUGUUGACGAAGAAUUUCGCGAAUGUGGAUGCGUGAAAACGUGCUGCAAUGCCAAGAAACCUGAUGCUUGUGCCGGGCAGUGUCUCACAGGAUGCUUCUGCAAGAACGGGCUUGCUCGAAACGAAGAAGGGAAAUGCGUGAAAUUGAGCCAGUGCAAGGAAACAAACGAAAACGAGUGCGGAAAAGAUGAAAAAUACUAUGAUUUCAAACCUGAUUGUAAGAACACAUGCGAGAAUUACGAUAAUCCUGGAAUUUUAUGUGCUAUUGGAAAGCCGGGUUGUUUCUGCAAGGAAGAAUUAGUAAAAAGGAAAGACGGAAAGUGUGUGAAACCCGAAGACUGUGGAUCGAUCGUAAUUCCACCUGGUACAAUAUGUGGAAAGAAUGAGGAGAUAGUUCCUUGCGCAAAACCAAAAUGGUGCAAUACCUGUGCCAUUCGCGGCAAUUGCAAAUUGAAGACGUGUUCAGAAGGAUGCGACUGUAAAGAAGGAUUUUACAGAGACGAUAACGGAAUUUGCAUUCCAUCUUUUCAGUGCCCUGUUGAUAAGCCAGCAAACACAUGUGGAAAACAUGAAGUAUAUAAACAGUGUGGAAGCGCUUGUCCUCCUACAUGCGCAAAUCAAGGUAAAGUUCAGUCAUGUACGCCGCAGUGUAAAAGUGGUUGUUUUUGCGAAGAUGGUUUUGUGAGAAAUUCGAAAGGAGAAUGCAUCAAACCAGAGGAUUGCGAAGAUGAAAGUGGAGACAGCGGGGAUAAUUCUGAAGAGUGUGCGGAGGAUGAAGAAUAUCAGGAAUGUGGAACUGCUUGCCCUGAGACGUGCGAAAACUUUGGAGAACCUCGUACAUGCACUUUUCAAUGCGUAAGUGGCUGCUUUUGCAAAAAAGAUCUAGUUAGAAAUUCCAGUGGGCGAUGUGUUAGACCUGAACGUUGUAGCAACGACACAUGUGGAGAACAUGAGAUAUACAAACAGUGUGGAAGCGCUUGUCCUCCUACAUGCGCAAAUCAAGGUAAAGUUCAGUCAUGCUCUUUGCAGUGUAAAAGCGGUUGUUUUUGCGAAGAUGGUUUCGUGAGAAAUUCAGAAGGAGAAUGCAUCAAACCAGAGGAGUGCGAAGAUGAAAGUGGAGACAGCGGAGAUAAUUCUGAAGAGUGUGCCGAGGAUGAGGAAUAUCAGGAAUGUGGAACUGCUUGCCCUGAGACGUGCGAGAACUUUGGAGAACCUCGGACAUGCACUUUGCAAUGCGUAAGCGGUUGCUUUUGCAAAAAAGGUCUAGUCAGAAAUUCCAGUGGGCGAUGUGUUAUCCCUGAAGACUGUAACAACGAAAUCUGUGGUAAAGACGAGCAGUAUUACAACGAAUGCACACCGAGCUGCCAGAAUACGUGCAAGAAUUACAACAAUCCCCGUGUCCGUUGUGGUUGUGGACUACCGGGUUGCUUCUGCAGGGAAGGUCUUGUAAAGAAUGAGGCUGGCAAAUGUGUGCCUCCGAGCGCAUGUUUUCAGUGCAAGAAAGGGGAAGAAUACCAAAUCUGUGGAUCACCUUGUGAAAGAACUUGUGCAAAUUAUCGCUUUCACAUUGGCAUUAUAUGCCCCAAAUCUUGUGAACCAGGAUGUUUCUGCAAGGACGGUUUAGUUCGUGAUUCGAAUGGAAAUUGUGUAGAUCCUAAAGAAUGCAGCAAAAUCUGUGGCAGAUAUGAAGAAUAUAAAGAAUGUGGUACAGCAUGUCCUGCAACCUGCACUAAUAGAAAUCCAAUAUGUACAAAACAAUGUGUUAAAGGCUGCUUUUGCAAGAAAAGCUUCCUGAGAUCAGAAAAUGGCACUUGUAUACCAUCGAAUCAAUGUCCAAAACAAAUCUGUGGCAAAGACGAGCAAUAUUACAAGGAAUGCACACCAAGCUGCAAGAAUACGUGCAAAGCUUACAACAACCCAGGCAUCCGCUGUAGUUGUGGACCACCGGGCUGCUUCUGCAAAAACGGUUUUGUAAAGAGAGAAGACGGCAAAUGCGUGCCUCCGAGUGCAUGCUUCCAGUGCAAAAAAGGAGAAGAAUACCAAACCUGCGGCUCACCUUGUGAAAGAACCUGUGCAAAUUAUCGUUUUCGCAUUGGUAUUAAGUGUCCUAAACCUUGUGAACCGGGAUGUUUCUGCAAAGAUGGUUUAGUCCGAGAUUCGAAUGGAGAAUGUGUCGAAACCGAAGAAUGUGGCAAAAAAAUCUGUCCACCGUUUGAAAAGUACAGCAACUGCGUAAUUCCUUGCAAUAAUUGCAAACUGAAAGGCAUGUGUUCAUUCUUGGGUUGCGAAGAAGGUUGUGACUGCAUUGACGGUUUCUUCAGAGACGAAAGUGGCAGAUGCAUUCCUGAAGCUUUAUGUUCACUUCCAAUUCAAUGCAAGAAAGGGGAAGAAUACCAAAUCUGUGGAUCACCUUGUGAAAGAACUUGUGCAAAUUAUCGCUUUCACAUUGGCAUUAUAUGCCCCAAAUCUUGUGAACCAGGAUGUUUCUGCAAGGACGGUUUAGUUCGUGAUUCGAAUGGAAAUUGUGUAGAUCCUAAAGAAUGCAGCAAAAUCUGUGGCAGAUAUGAAGAAUAUAAAGAAUGUGGUACAGCAUGUCCUGCAAACUGCACUAAUAGAAAUCCAAUAUGUACAAAACAAUGUGUUAAGGGCUGCUUUUGCAAGAAAAGCUUCCUGAGAUCAGAAAAUGGCACUUGUAUACCAUCGAAUCAAUGUCCAAAACAAAUCUGUGGCAAAGACGAGCAAUAUUACAAGGAAUGCACACCAAGCUGCAAGAAUACGUGCAAAGCUUACAACAACCCAGGCAUCCGCUGUAGUUGUGGACCACCGGGCUGCUUCUGCAAAAACGGUCUUGUAAAGAGAGAAGACGGCAAAUGCGUGCCUCCGAGUGCAUGCUUCCAGUGCAAAAAAGGAGAAGAAUACCAAACCUGCGGCUCACCUUGUGAAAGAACCUGUGCAAAUUAUCGUUUCCGCAUUGGUAUUAAGUGUCCUAUACCUUGUGAACCGGGAUGUUUCUGCAAAGAUGGUUUAGUCCGAGAUUCGAAUGGAGAAUGUGUCGAAACCGAAGAAUGUGGCAAAAAAAUUUGCGGUAAAAAUGAAAUAUAUAAGGAAUGCGGUACAGCUUGUCCUGCAAACUGCACUAACAGGAAUCCGAUAUGCACUGAAAAAUGCGUGGAAGGCUGCUUCUGUAUGGAAGGAUUUGUGAGAUCCACAAAUGGCACCUGCGUACCACUGAGUCAAUGUCCCUAUGAAAUAUGCGGGCCAUUUGAAAGGUAUAGUACCUGUGUCAAUCCUUGCAAUGACUGUGAAAUUAAAGGCAACUGCCAAUUCCUUGUAUGCAACGAGGGCUGCGAUUGUAUUGAAGGCUUUCAUAGAGACAAGAAUGGUAACUGCAUCCCAGCUUCUGAAUGUCCUACAGAAGAUAAAUGCGGGCCAUUUGAAAAGUACAGCAGUUGCGUCAAUCCUUGCAACGACUGUGAAAUAAGAGGAAAUUGCCAAUUUCUUGUGUGCAACGAGGGCUGCGAUUGCAUUGAUGGAUACUAUAGAGAUGAGAAUGGCAGGUGCAUAGCAGCUGCAGAAUGUCCUGUUAAAAUUCCAGGCAUUUGUGGGAGAAACGAACAAUACAGUAAUUGUGGAACGGCUUGUCCUCCAAGUUGUUCCAUUCCAAAUCAAAUUUGUACUUCACAGUGCGUGAGCGGCUGUUUCUGUAAAAAAGGUUACCUAAGAAACGAUAACGGAAUUUGUAUACCAAAAAAACAAUGUCCGAAAGGCAUCUGUAGAAAAAAUGAAGAAUAUAAUAAUUGCGGAACGGCUUGUCCCCCAACUUGUUCAAAUCCAAAUCCAGUUUGCACAAGACAAUGUGUGAAAGGCUGUUUCUGCAAGAAAGGUUAUAUUAAAAACGAUGAUGGUCAUUGUACACGAAGAGAAUUAUGCCCAAAACGUAGCUGUGGAAUAAAUGAAGAAUAUAAUAAUUGCGGAACAGCUUGUCCUGCCACUUGUUCCCGGCCAAAUCCAGUUUGCACAAAACAGUGCGUAAGAGGGUGUGUCUGCAAGAAAGGUUACAUUAGAAACGACAAUGGUAUUUGCAUACGAAGGGAACAAUGCCCAAAUGGAAUUUGCGGAAAAAAUGAAGAAUAUAACGAUUGCGGAACGGCUUGUCCCCCAACUUGUUCGAACCCAGAUAGAAUUUGCAUAGAUAAGUGCGUGAGUGGAUGUUUCUGCAAGAAAGGCUAUAUUAGAAACGACAGACAUGUUUGCAUACCAAGGAAGGAUUGUCCGAAAGCACACGUAUGUCCAGAGAACCAGCAAUAUUAUAAAUGCAAGCCGACAUGUAGACACACUUGUAGUACGUAUAAUUCUACUAAAGCGUAUUGCAGCAAGCUGUGUAUUCCUGGGUGUUUCUGCAAGCCAGGAAUGGUAUUGAGGAAAGAUGGCGUUUGUGUGCUUCCAGAGCGUUGUCCCCCAGCUUGCGGCCCGAAAGAAGAAUACUACGACUGCAUACCGGAUUGCAAAAAUCGGUGCAAUCCAUCUAAAUUUUGUCCUCUCAUCUGCCGCUCGGGUUGCUUCUGUCGGAAAGGUUUGGUUCUCAAAGAAGACGGUAAAUGUGUCAGACCUCAAGACUGCAAUACCACAGCAGUUACUACUCAAAAGCCUCCUCAGCAAUGCGGCCGCGAUGAACAAUACUACACAUGUAUUCCUUUCUGUCGGAAUACUUGCGAGAAUUACGGUCGGACAGAUUUAGAAUGUCCAGAUAUUUGCAUUUCCGGCUGCUCCUGUAAAGAAGGAUUAAUUAAGAGAGAAGAUGGCGCUUGUGUUCCUCCCAGAGAAUGUAGAAAUUUAACUUGUGGUGUAGAUGAAGAGUAUUAUGAUUGUAUACCAGAUUGCAAAAAUAGAUGUCAUCCAAAAAGGAUCUGCUCCCGCAGAUGUCGCCGUGGUUGCUUUUGUCGAAAGGGUCUUUUUCUCAGAGAAGACGGCAGAUGUGUUCAACCACAACAGUGCAAACCUGCUAUCCAGUGUGAGAAGGACAAAGAGUACUACGAAUGCAUUCCUUGUCGAAACACCUGCAAAAGUUAUGGCCGUGAUGAUAUUGUUUGUCCCGCUUUGUGCACUUCUGGCUGCUUUUGCAAACAAGGAUUUGUUAAAAGGGAAGAUGGAGCUUGUGUUCAUCCAGACGAAUGCUGGAAUGAAAUUACUACUGGUGAGAUGGAUGAAAGUUCAGAAAAUCAGAAUCACACAUUUUAUCGAAGGUCAUAUGAAAUAGAUGAUAUUGAAGAAGAAUCUUAUAGCAGUGAAGAGAAUUUCUCGCGUAACACAGUGGAAUAUCGUAGAGUUACUACUGCUGAACUGGAUGAAAGUUCAGAAGGUCAGAAUCACAGACUAUAUCGAAGGUCAUAUGAAAUAGAUGAUAUGGAAGAAAAAUCUUAUACCAGUGAAGAGGAUUUCUCGCGUAACGCUGUGGACUAUCGUAGAGUCCAGUGCAAGAAAGGGGAAGAAUACCAAACCUGUGGCUCACCUUGUGAAAGAACCUGUGCAAAUUACCGUUUUCGAAUUGGUAUUAAAUGUCCCAAACCUUGUGAACCGGGAUGUUACUGCAAAGAUGAUUUAGUCCGAGAUUCGAAUGGAGAAUGUGUCGAAACCGAAGAAUGUGGCAAAGAACUGUGUGGAGAAAAUGAAUUUUACAACGAAUGUGGUACUGCAUGUCAAUCAACGUGCGCAGACAGGAAUCCACCGUGCAAUAAAAUGUGCGCUAGGGGCUGUUUUUGCGAAAAGAGCUUUGUGAGGGCGGAGAAGGAUGGCCCAUGUGUACCUGUAGAUCAAUGCCCGGAAGGAGAAGCUACGCAGGACAAAGAAGAAACAAAUAACACUCAAACGCAGGGAUACCGUUCUCGUGAAAUUCAGUCUUGGAGUGACGAAUACUAUUCAUCGGAAUGUUCUGAAAGUUCUUUUGCGCAAGGUAAUAUGAAACGCUAUGGAUCUGGACGACAACGAGAUCAAGAACAGAAAAGCAAAUAAUGAAUAAUACCUGCAUUACAGUACGGUGUGUAUGUAAUAAAUGCUUCUAGGAUUGUGACUGGAAUUUCGUCUCUGAGAAUUUAAAUGUUUGGCUUGGAAUAUAACAUGAUAAAAAGCAACUGCACAUUUAAAGAAAACUUUUACCGACAAUAUAUUAACUUUGUGUUUUUGAAAAGAAUAAAUUUAUUUUAAGUCUUUAUCAUCACAGUAGAUGCUGCAGGCUGUAAAUGAAUUUCUAUUUCUUCAUUAAUUUUUCUAAAUCUAAUAAUUAUGUGUUAUUUUUAAAGUUUACUUAUUAUAAUAAAUAUUUUUUGAAUUAUAAA